CUCACUGUGUUCUGAUAGACAGGAACUGACGGUGAACUGACUUCAUUACGUCUUGGCCACUUUUCAAGCGGUUGAGGCCGGAAGCAACAGCUGCCUUCUUCAAGGAGGAACUUCGGCGGUUUGCGUCUAGCAGAAGAUCAAGACUGGGUUGAAGCCUUGACCAGAAGAUGCAGCUGCCAAAUUGAACUACGUGAAGAGAUUCUACCAAAUCCCAACGAUGUUGAUGGUUGGUAUUUUUCUCUUGCUCGUUACCGGCACCGUUCAAACAUCAUCCGGCCCUGAUUCGGUGACGGUACGAGGUUCUGACUACGGUGGAUCAGCCUCUGUGGACCGAGGCAGCUUGACGAACGUUACGCUGCCGUACUCGCCCGUUCAAACGUCGUCCAAUGCCACCACACUCAGUCGCCGUUCGUCAGACGAGCUUCAGAACUCAAGGCUAACAAUCCUGCGGUUCUACACUGUGAUAGUGGUGCUUGGCAUCUCCGUUGUUGCUGGAGUACUCUUGGUCGUCUUCGGGUUGUUCUUCAAGGGGGAAGCCUUUAGGAAAUCUGCGGACGAUCGGAUGAAGGACAACACCAGAGAGGGAUUCGACAGAAUCAACAGUGACCUGUUCCUUCUUGGCCUAUCCGUGUAAAAAAAAACGAGGACACAUACAAUUUUGCGUGCGGCAACAUUAGGAAAUUGUGGAGGACCAAGGACUGUGGUGCUUUGAGCGAUUUAAUCAGAAGCUCGACGAUAGUGUCGAUGAAAUCGGUUGGACUGGUUAUAUGAAAGAUACCUGCGAUACCUCGCUCUUUUGUGUUUCAACGUUCGCUAGCUCUACGGAAAACAAGAAUGAGACGACUGAAAACGCGUUAUGGCCCCACAGGUAUUAUUCUCAACAUUUCUUUAUCGAAACAAUGACGAAUUUAUCAGGUGCUUUGGUAUAAGAAAAAACAGCAACUGCGACCUUUCAAAAAGUUCCUAUAUAUACCCAUAGAAUAAUGACGCUGUACAUUUCG